UUCCCCACUCUUCCAGUCAACCUUCCCCCAUCCGUAAUCCGCGAAGCCAGCCUACCCUGUUUUGGAUCACAGUCUCAUCUCUGCCAUCUCCACUCGCUUUCCGCAGGAGCACUGUGCUCGCCUCGAUCAGCAAUGACGUUCUGCUCAAGGUGUUUGUUGAACCACGCACUGAGGGUUGCGAAUCUUGUGGUGAACCUCUGCGGCAUGGCCAUGAUCAUCUACUCCCUCUGGCUGCUGAAGAUUUGGAGCCGAGGCGUCGCCGAUUUGGAUGCCACCGCCUCUUCCUUCCCGACGCCAUGGUUUAUCUACACGUUGCUCGGCGUCGGCAUCGUCGUCUGCUUCGCUGCGGUGGUCGGACACGCUGUGUCCAACUCCGUCAACCCCGCUGCUCUCUCCCUCUACAUCGUGUUCGUCUGCUUCAUCCUUCUCUUCCAAAUCGUGGUGAUCGUGGAGGUUCUGUUCAAGAUAGACUGGCCAACGGUGAUCUCCGGGCAUCAUGAUGGCGACACCAAAUUCGUAGCUUUCUUCACAUUCCAUGUAAACAUUUGCCGUCUGGUUGGGGUUGUGAUUUCAGCAGCACAGGUGAAUGUUCUGGUGAUGGCUAUCGUUCUGCGGGCUUUGAGGCCUCAAUCAAGCAAUCACUGUGAGGGACCGACUGUGCCUGCACUCAGAUACUCGUUUCUUGUGAUGAAUGGAUCGGACUCGCCGCCGGGCCUCCCUGCUCCGGCCACACCUCCUCCAGGAGACCACAAUUGUGAGCCUGCACUGAAGAUUUUUCGAGCUUCAGAAGUCAGAUGGAUGAGUGCAUGAUCUGCAAAGAUUGCAACCUGUCGUAAUCCAGAUAACCGAUGAAAAGAAUAGAAGAUAGAACAAUUAUU